UGUUUAAAUCUUGGUGCUUCUUUGUCUCCUUUUCAACAUUUUAUUUAUCAGAUUCCCUUUAUGGGACCAAAGCUGAAGCUCUUCCUCAACCUCACCUAACGGUGGAUCGACUUGUGAUGACAGAAACCGACUCAGUCACAUUAAGCUGUUCGGCUCCACCACAUGUUUCUGUGUCUCGGUGUGAUUUCUACAUUGAAAACAACAAGAUGUCUUCAGACGCCUCCUGUGUGAAAAAACUGACAGGAUCUGAGAUGCUGAGGAUCUUAAAUAGAAGAUCACCAGCUGAUGUCAAAGUUAAAUGUGUCUACACUUUAAAGGAUGGAGCUCAAUCAUUAGGCAGUGCAUCAACAGGGAUCACCAUUAACAAUCUUCCUCCUCCGUCACUGACAGUGAAUCCUCAGGUGAUCACAGAGUCAGACUCAGUCACGUUAAACUGUCAGCCUCCACCAUCUUUUCCUGUGACUGAUUGUUUUUUCUACAUUGGGAGAGAAAAAAUACCCCAAAGAUUUUCUUGUCUGAAGACGUUGACAGGAGUUGAUCUCCUGUCUUUAACCAAACAAAGUUCACCAGCUAACAUUGAUGUAACAUGUUUUUACCUGAGUUUAUAUCAAUCUCCAAAGAGUAACCUGCUCACCAUCAUCAUACAGCUUCCUCCACCUGAACUGACUGUGAAUCCACAGCAGAUCACAGAGACAGACUCAGUCACAGUGAACUGUGGGACUCCUUCAUCUGUUUCUGUGGAGAAUUGUUUUUUAUAUUUCAUAAAAUCAAAGAUAUCCAAAAGCAUUUCCUGUGAGCAGACACUGACAGGAAGUGAGCUCCUGAUGAUGACAUUUCAAACUUCACCUGCUGAGGUUGAACUAAAAUGUUAUUACAAUGUGAAGAGUCCAGGUGGAGGAACGCAUCAGUCUCCACACAGUGACACGACUUCAGUCUCCAUCCAGAAAGUUCAGGAAACAGAUUCAACCACAUCUCAGAGAGUAACCACUGUCAGAGUGACUGCAGGUGAAACAUUUAGGACAACAGUGAAAACAGAAAGUCCAUUUUCUCCUCCCCCAGCAUCAGUGAAUCCUACAUUAUUUGCUCCGACAGAUCCAAGUGAAAGAACCACAGUCAAAACUUCAGGCUCAGUUUCUACUUUGUCACCAUCAACAUCAGAGGCACCAGAAGUUCAGGAAACAGAUUCGACCACAUCUCAGAGAGUAACCACUGUCAGAGUGACUGCAGAAGUUCAGGAAACAGAUUCAACCACAUCUCAGAGAGUAACCACUGUCAGAGUGACUGCAGGUGAAACAUUUAGGACAACAGUGAAAGCAGAAAGUCCAUCUUCUCCUCCCCCAUCAUCAUUGAAUCCUACAUUAUUUGCUCCUACAGAUCCAAGUGAAAGAACAACAGUCAACACUGUAGGCUCAGUUUCUACUUUAUCAACAUCAAAGACACCAGCAGCAGAUCAGAAACCUUCUGACAAAACUAAAUGGAUGUAUGUGGCUGUACCUGGUUUUGGAGUAGUUGUGGGAGUCGCUUUACUUGUGGGACUUCUCUGUUCCAGAUGGAGAAGUGGUAAAAGAACUUACACGAGAUCACGAGUCGGCUUUAAUGAUAACUUUAUAGGAAUGAGGAAUGUUACAAAUGGAGGACUGUUACCUGUUGGGGAUGAAGAUGACUACCACAGAGUCACCUCCGUUCCUGCAGACGACUCUGCAACCGAAUCUGUUGCGAUAAACACACAGAACUCUCAAAAUGAAACCAAUGUUUACCACCUUUACGCCACCAUCCCUGAUGAACCAGAAGAACCUGCUGUACAGAAGCAGCUGUACUACACCCUGCAAGCUCACUGAAAAACAGCUUUUGUUUAAAGAUGCGUUAAAAAUAUCCGCUAAAUGUACAGCUAUAGAUUAUGUGUUUAUAGGUAUUAUUAUCAUAUCAUUACUGUCUUUCCUCUCCUUUCUGGAUUAUAUUUACUCAUUACGCAGUGUUGUGAACAAGUGUUUAAUCCGUUCUUCAGCUGUUUUCCAUAUGUGACCAAAUUAAAUGUUUAAAAAUCUUUAUAUAUUUUUUAUUUUUAUUUUGUGGGAGUAUGUCUAUGUCAGUCUUACACAUCUGGAGAUCAAAGGUUCCCAUCAAGAUUAAAUUAAGAAUAUCUGGGAACAUAAAAUUAUUCCAAAGAAUCUCAUGUAAGUCUGAACUUUAACUAGGACAUUUUAAACAGCAACUCCAUUGCAGUUCUGCUUGUGUGGUUUUGGUUGUCCAGUAUCAAGCCUCUUACCCUUUUCUUCCAGUGUUGUUUUGUAUUUGGCGCCAUAAGAAGCAGCUUCCCUCUUCUUCAUAAAACCCUCAGCCUGAUGCUGCCUCCUCCAUGUUUCAUUUUGUUGGUUUUCGGGGUCAUGUGCAAUGUUUGUUUUAUGUGAAACGGUUCCUUUUGUUCUCAUCCAACUAACGUAGAUUUUUUACCAGCAUCACAUUUUAUUUAGGGGUAUCUUCAUGUGUUUUGUUAAGUGUGAACGUAUGUAUCAUUGUCCUUUCACUUUGCAAACAUGAGCCACUUUGUUAUGGUUGAAAUAUAUGGAAACAGAUUUGUGCCAGUAAUACCACACAAAAUGUUUUACUUCUGAAAUGCUUCUUUUGUUUCAUUAAUUUUAGUUUUUAUCCUGUCAGACUUAAAGUCAACCACUUUGUUGGUAUAGUAACUUAUUGUCCUUUUCGUGAUAUACUAAAAAUGAAUUGCUAAAUGUUUUUGACGGGUUUUAAGACGAUGGUUUUUAAGACAAACUUUUAAAGCUCGUCUUAAAACCCAUC